CAAGGCAGAGAGGGUUUUAGUUUUAUCUGUAAAUAUUUUAUUUAGUCCGUUGCUAGUUGCAGUGCCCUCCAGGGUUCGCGCCAGCUAUUUCUACAUCAUGUGAUGUUGCUGAACACAGCAGCAAGACACAGCAAGAGAAACGCUGUGAGGAUCAGUGUGUGGAAUGAAAGGUAUUCCAAAGACAUGUUCAUAAUCCUUCAAGCAGAGGUUGUCACUCUUGUCGUUAUUUACAGAUGGACCAGAUGAAGACUCUUUGUGAGUCUUGGGUUUGGUGAUCAUUUGUGUUCUCGACCUCUCCACCAACUCUUGGCUAACUGUGAGCUCAUGUUAGCUCGAUAGUAUCAACAUUCGCCCAGGCUGAAGCUGGGGCGCAGCAGCAGCGGAGCCUCUGAGCAGACCAUCAUUUCCGACAGCACCGUAUGGAUUUGACGUCGGCAUACAUUGUUGCUUGAUGUUUUACAAAGGGCCUGUUACAGGUUAUUUCGAAGAUGGGGGAACCCUGUGACCUUAAGCACUUCGUAAAGUGUGGCGUCACUUUGGAGGGCUCAUUGCUCUGAUUUGGAUUAUUCUUGGCCAGCAGCCUCUUCAGGCCUUCUAAUCCUAGACGAGUUUCUCAAUGGACACUCUUCUCAAGUCAGAGAUCAGAGAAGAGGGGAGUGGUGCCUCGGUGAAGGUGGAGGGCUUAUCCAAGGCAGCUCUAAUGAAGAGCCUGUCUCCCAGAGUCAUGCUAUCCAACCAUCUCCUGCCUAAAGGUACCAAGAUGAAGGUCAACCUAGAGGAUCAGGGUCGUCAGAAAGUGUCCUUCAGCUUUGCACAGACCAAGAAGCCACUGCAGAACCCGUUCUUCAUCCCUACCAACCCUGAGAAGUCUGUCUCUGAACCUCACCCAAACUUGUCACAGUCAGCCUCAGACAAAGCAGGGCAGAAUACAGACACCAAAACUGAGCAAAAGCAGAUACCCAUGGUGCCAACAUCAACAGCAGAGACCCAUUCUCAAACAUCUGUCUCCCCAGCCACUAAACUGAAAACAGACUUAACAAAGAUGCAUUUCAAAAAGCAAAUUCUCAGUGUCUCUGUGACUGAAGAGCAAUCAACAUCUGCUGUGCCAGAGGAUCCACACUCCUCUGAACUGCACAUUCUGCAGAAAUCCUUUAAAAGUAUGACUAAAUUCCCCACACCCCACACCCAGAAUGCCCUCAGUGUCUGCCCCCCUGAGAAUGCUCACAUUGAAGCCUCCGAGACAAAGGCAGCCCUUAGCCUCAAGAAGCCAGCCGCUUCCUCAGGAAAAGAUGGAGAGAGUUCCAGUAGUGCUGAGCAGGACAGUAAGGUAUGCAAAAGGAAAACCAGGUCCCAGUCUGAUAGUGCGCCCCCUGGCUCAGAAUCUGAUGGGGAUUCAGUCCAGAUGUCUUCCAGUCGCAAAUCAGUUGACUCCAAAAGUAAAACAAACUCUAGCAGCAGAAGCAAAGAAGUAAAAACGUCUUCCUCUGGUUCACAUGUUGAUGAAAAGGAAAAAAGUUCCUCGAAACGUUCAGAAAAUCAUGAAAGGUCCUCUAGUUACUCCAAAUCAGACCGUGAUUCUAGACACACAUCUUCACGCUCAUCUCGAUCAGACAAAGAUCGCAGAAGGACCAGGUCUAGAUCACGGUCAAGAUCACGAGGGUCUCGAACAAGUUCAUCUCACUCCAGAUCAGAGAGAUCCCGAGGUGACAGAGGAUCACGCUCUGACAGGUCAUACUAUCAUGAUUCUGAUCGAAGAUCGCACAGGAGUUCUCCACGCAGAGAGAGAAGACGUUCUCGUUCUCGCACCGACCGAACUCGUGACAGUUCUGAUUCAGAGGAUGACCACAGGAAGACAAGGACGAGGACAAGUGAUUCCAGCAGAUCAUCUGCCCAUUCGAGCUCACAUAAAGAGUCAAAAUCAUCUUCCUACUCAAAAUCUGACAAAGCCUCCAAAUCUGGAGAUUCUCCCCACCCCUCAGAGUUGGAUAAAAGAACACAAUCAUCAAAGUCUGACAGAACUUCUAAGCGACUGUCAGACUCCGAUUCCCAGCGCAAGUGCUCUCCUGAUCUGGACUCCAGUUAUCGUAAAUUCAGCUCCCAUCACAAGUCAGAAACCAACAGCAAAUCCUCUUCUUCCAGUUUGCAUACUCGCUCUCAGACAUAUGAAAAACGCCAAAAAAGCAGCUCUAGUGACUCUGAGGCAGAUCAUAAAGGAAAAUCACAGGCCUCUGACAAAAGCUCUGGCUCAGAGGACAACUGUAACAACUCUCCAAAGAAAACCAGUAGGUCAGACUCAAAGCAAAUGACCCCUUCUAGAUCUUCUGUGAAAACCAGCGGACAUGAUAGACAAUCAGAUGACACGUUUCACACCCCUGGCAAAGCACCACCAUGUGCAAGCACCACAGAAUUGGGUUCUCAUAGUGAAAAAGAAAAGUCUGAUUCCCAACCCAGUGGAAAUGAACAUAAUGAUCAGAUUUUUAAGGAGGUCUCAUGCACUGGUAAAACUUUGCAAGAAUCUUCAUCCAAGAGAAGAGAAUUAAGAUCCGAUCUUCAAGUUGAGAAUGAAAAUGCCUCAGCUGUAACCUCAAGUGAAAGCCUAAAGCAUGUAAAUACCACCCUGGAAAACUUGACAAAUGUGAACGAUAGCCUUUCUUCUAAUAACCAACCACAUGUGAACUCAAAUGCAGCAGUCUUGAAUUCAUGCAUUAGCAAUGAUAGUUUCAUGUGCAGCCAGGUCAAGAAAGUUGUUGACUGCUCAUCAGGACCAAAGUCCAUACUUGAUACAGCGGAUAUACCUGUCACACAUGAUACCCUCCAGAACACUAAACCAGAGAUUAUUGAGCAAAUUGUGAUAUCAACAGUGGAGUGCAGGACGAGUGUGCCACUGAAAUCUGAUCCAUUGUGUCUUGAAUCUGAGAAUCCGCUAACAUCUGAACCGCAAAAUAUGGAUACUGUUAAAAAGACCAGCAGUGGUGCCAAAAAGUCUCGAUGGGAUAUUGUUGGGCAGGACAUCUCAGACAGUGAUAAUUCACAAAGGACAUUUUGUGCAGAGAGCAAGCCAACUGUUAAAAAAGUGAUUUCUGUCAAAAAAAUUGAGUUCUCGAAAGACAACAACCAACAAGAGUCUGGCAUUAUUAAAGAUAAAAUUCAGCAACAACCUGAAACACAUUCCAAACUGAUGAAUCAGACUGAAAUCUCUAAGCAGAAGGUCGAUUCAGACUGCACACCAAUGAUUGAUAAAUACAACGACCAAAGUGAGCCUUCACAAGAGAGCACCAGCAUUGACCAAUGUGACUUAAAACUGAGUGUUUCUCAACACAAACAAACACACAAAACAAACACAGUUGAGCCUCUGCAUGUAAAUGAUAUAUCACAGCUCGACAAAGCUGCAAAGAUGCAGUGUUGGAAUGGCGAUGAUCGUGAAGAAAAAUCCAAGGACAGUUCACAUACAAGCAAAUUGUAUAAGAGAACUGCACUAAAGCAGGAUGCAUUAGGAGGACAGAGUGAAGCCAGUGAUAGUGACAACUCGGAGUAUGACUCUGACUGUGGCGAGGCUAUAAAACGAUUGCACUCUGUGGUGGUAGUGCCAAGGAAUUCAUCUCUAACGAUGGAUACACAGGACACAGGAGAUUCACCAUGCACUCCAAUUAAUAGUUCAGAACUGCAAAAUGUUAAUACAGCAGCUGAUGUGAAUAUCAGCUAUCAAGUCCAGAAACAAAGGCAAGGGUGUCCUUCCACUGCAUUUGUAGAGAUCAGUGUUCCAUGUGCUGGUCUGAAUGAUUCAUCCAAUAACAGUAUGUUGUGCCAGUCUCAGAGUAAUAUGAUUGAUAGUACCAGUCACUCAGAGGGCUCCAGCUCCAUCAGUGCCCAGCCCUACUUGGCAGGUCAUAAUAGUGCACAUGGAAGUGCCUCAGAUCCUGCUCACAGACUUGAUAAUUCAAUACAGUGUGAUCGGGAGCACAGUCGACAUAAUCUAAGCAGCAGAGGUGAAAGGAUGUACUCCUGCUUUCAACAAGAUAAUUUCUCCAAUGCUGAUAACAUCAGUGACAAGAAGGGAUUCAGCCUGGGUUGGGAUUUUUCCCAAUCAGAACAGCCCAGUAGUACAUACCAGCAGCCUGAUAGCAGUCAUGGGCCGCAGUUACUGAACACUAAACUGACAGGGACCUCUCCCAAGGACCAGGAGCACAUACAGAUUAAUGCCUCCUGGAACCAUUCCCUUAGUUUGCAGGCUAGCAGAAAAACCUACCUCAAUGUGCAUGAACACUAUCAGGAUCCUGCAAAUGAUAUCCAUCCCGAUUCCCUAACUAAUGACCACGACGACUACAGUGGGGAUAAACCAUCUAGUCUUAGUAAAACAGCUGUUGAAUGCAGUGGACCUAACACUCCUGGGUCAUCAAGCUUUGUACAAGGUCAUGAAAUAAGCAGCAACAGCAGGGGCUCUGCUGUCCCUGAACCCCCCAGAGAAGACAAUUUUAGACCCCACAGAGGCCGAGGCCCUCCAAAGAAAAGGCGUCCAGAGAUUGAGUCAGAUUCAGACAAUGAGGCAGAAGCUGGGCCGGCAGAGAAGAGGGAUCGUCCAGGAGAUAGUGAUGUCUCUAAGGAAAGUCAUGUCAAAGCUGAAGUGCACCGUCCGUCACUCACCCUGCAAGACUUUCAAGACUCCAGUAAAUGGAAGGAGUUAUCCAAGUCUAAGAGAAUGCCACCUUACUUUGACUUGAUUGAGGAGAACCUUUACCUGACAGAGAGAAAGAAGAGCAAAUCUCAUCGAGACAUCAAGAGAAUGCAAUGUGAAUGCCCAGUGUUACCACGAGAGGAGCGUUUAAAGGGAGUAUUAGCAUGCGGGGAAGACUGUUUAAACCGGCUCCUGAUGAUUGAGUGCUCUUCGCGAUGUCUGAAUGGAGUCUACUGCUCUAAUCGGCGCUUUCAGAUGAAACAACAUGCAGACUUUGAUGUUAUCCUCACAGAAGACAAAGGAUGGGGACUACGGGCAGCUAAAGACUUGGCUCCAAACACCUUUGUACUGGAAUACUGUGGGGAGGUAUUGGACCACAAGGAAUUCAAAACAAGGGUGAAGGAAUAUGCUCGCAAUAAGAACAUCCACUACUACUUCAUGUCUCUAAGGAAUAAUGAGAUCAUUGAUGCAACGCUGAAGGGUAAUUGCUCACGUUUUAUGAACCACAGCUGCGAGCCCAACUGUGAGACCCAGAAGUGGACUGUCAAUGGCCAACUUAGAGUUGGGUUUUUCACUACAAAGGCUGUCUCUGCAGGAACGGAGCUGACAUUUGAUUACCAGUUCCAGAGAUACGGCAAAGAAGCACAGAAAUGUUUCUGUGGUGCACCCAGCUGCAGAGGUUUCUUAGGUGGUGAGAACAGAGUUAGUGUUCGGGCAGCUGGAGGGAAGAUGAAGAAAGACCGCAGUCGAAAGAGUGCUCUCACUACGGUUGAUGAGGAGCUGGAAGCAUUACUGGAGAAUGGAGAAGGCCUGUAUGAUGAGAAACAGGUGGUGUCUCUCUGCAGACUAAUGGUCCGAGUGGAAACCAUGGAGCAGAAGCUCAUCUGUCUCAAGCUCAUACAAGAUACUCAAAAUCCAUCAUGCCUAAAGCAGUUCCUGGACCAUCAUGGAUUGUCUUUGCUGUGGAUCUUCAUGGUUGAACUUUCUGAGGCUAAAGGCAACAGUGCCAAUAACAUCAAACUGCAGUUAGAGAUUAUGAAAACUUUGGGUGUGCUGCCUAUCUCCACUAAGAACAUGUUGGAGGAGAGCAGAGUCCUCACUUUCAUUCAACGAUGGGCACAAACAAAAAGUCUCCUUCAGCCUGCCGAGAUGGAUGGCUACUCCAGUGAGAAUACAUCCCGUGCUCAAACACCCCUCAACACUCCUGAUGGUUCCUCAACCAAACUGGGACCAGAAUUGGAUGGAGACACCUCAAAACCUGCUGUGUACCGCCGCCUUAAAAUCAUCAGUGAAAAUAGUCUGGACAGCGCACUAUCUGACACGAGCAAAGCAUCUGAUGGGAAGGAAGAAGAAGAAGAGGAGGAUGAUGAGGAAGAGGAGGAAUCCUCACCUGCAGGGCUUCCUGAUGGCAAACAGUUGAAGGCAGAUCCAGUGUGUGAACCUGCAGAUCCAACAAAAGAAACAAUGGAGGAGUCAGUGAAAGAGCAGAAACAGGAAGAUACUGAGAUGAAUUCAAGUAGUCAACAACAACCUCAAACGGAGGAGGUAAAAGAAGAAAUGGAGGUGGAUUUAGAGCAGGAAAUUAUGACGAAAGAGUGCACGAGUGAUGGUCAGAUAGGUGAACUUGCUGGGCCAAAGGCGCCUAGUGAGGAACAGGAGAGUGCGGAGGAGCAGAGCAGUCAGGAAGUGACAGAAAAGGUUGAACUUGAAGGAAACCAGCCCACUCAGCCAGAGAUUCAGUCCAUCCAAACAGAUGCUGCUGAUCUUCCACCUGAGCAGCCCUCAGAGAACUUGGAAGCCCAGGCAGAGACAAAAGAGGUUGCGAAACCUCCACAAAGUGAGGUGCAACCCAGUCAAUCUACCACUGAUAGUGUGCCAAGCUCUGAGACUCCAGAGGCCAGUAUGCCCACUGAGGUCAUCGCAACUCCUGUAGAUCCAUCAGUGACAGGAACUCCUUCUCAGGAUGAAGAGGAAGGUGUCUCCGAUGUGGAGAGUGAGAGGAGUCAAGAGCCCCAACUCAGUGCUUUGGACAUUAGUGGCAUGGCUGCCAGACUUCUGGAAAGCUGGAAGGAUCUAAAGGAGGUGUACAGAAUACCAAAGAAGAGUCAGGUUGAAAAGGAAGCAAAUGAUCGCAGCCGAGAUCGAGACACAGCUUUGACGCCGCGCACCACCUCUGGCAGCCGAGAACGUGAAAGGGAACGGGAGAAGGAGAGGGAACGCGACAGAGACCGAGAUUAUGACAGAGACAGGGAUCGAGACUGGGACAGGGAGCGAGAUCGCGAUAGGGACCGUGAUCGAGUCUCUGACAAAACUCCACGCAGCACUGAGAGAAGGAGGAGACGCUCAACUUCACCACCCUCAUCCUAUGAGAGGACCACCCGACGCACCGAGGAGCGGUUUGACCCAUCUAACAAUAACAAGACACCAAGGGGGGGAGUUGGUGGAAAGGAGCGCAACAAGCUCUCCACAGAGGAGCGCAGAAAACUGUUUGAGCAGGAGGUUGCUCAGCGGGAAGCCCAAAAACAGCAGCAGCUUCAACAGCAACAGCAACAGCAGCUUCAGACUAUGGCUUAUGACCCAGCUCUGGCCUAUGCCUCCAGUCCUGGCUUCAUCCAGUACCCUCCGGGAUAUCCCAUCCAGACGUUCGUGGAUCCCUCUAACCCCAACGCAGGCAAAGUACUACUGCCUACCCCUUCGGUUGAACCUACACUCACCUAUCAACAGACACCUCCCCAGCGUCUUAUUACAGAUGUGGGACUGACUUCUCCAUCCUCCACUUCCCAGGCUGCUCCAGUCUCUAAUCUCUCUCAGCACAUCAGCACCACAAACCUCACCCCUGGCACCCGUCAGCAGUAUGUGCAGCCAAAUGUAGCAACCCAGGAUGCAGGCGUAGCUGUCCUCUCUGUACCAGCCCAGACAGCCCCUCAGGUACAGGGCCAGCAGAGUUACACUACUCUCUGGGAUCCCACUACUCAACAGACGGUUGCUGUGCAGACUCAGCCUGCACAGCAGUAUGCCACGGCCCCAGCACAAGCUCAGACACAGACAGCCAUCUAUUACCAGGGCCAACCAUGCCAAACUAUCUACAGCAUCCCCACCGCCUACCCUCAGGCUAACACCCCUGUUAUACAGGCAUACACUGAACCCGCAGCCAGCUACCUGCAUGGCCAGCCUGUGUACCCUGGUCAUCAGCAGGGAGUGGUGGUGCAGCAGGGAGGCACAGUCACCACCAUUGUCACAUCCCAAACUGUCCAACAGGAAAUGAUUGUACCCAACAAUGUGAUAGACCUGCCUCCUCCCUCUCCCCCCAAACCCAAAACUAUUGUCUUACCUCCCAACUGGAAAGUGGCUCGGGACCCUGAAGGCAAGAUCUACUACUAUCAUAUCGUCACAAGGCAAACACAGUGGGACCCUCCAACCUGGGAAGGGAGUAGUGACAACACUAGUGUGGACCAUGAAUCAGAAAUGGACCUGGGCACACCCACCUAUGAUGAGAAUCCAUCCAAGUUCUCCACCAAGACAGCUGAAGCAGACACAUCCAGUGAACUGGCUAAAAAGAGUAAAGAGACAUUUCGCAAAGAGAUGUCCCAGUUCAUAGUGCAAUGCUUAAAUCCUUAUCGGAAGCCAGACUGCAAACUUGGACGCAUCAGCAACACAGAAGACUUUAAACACCUGGCUAGAAAGCUAACUCAUGGAGUCAUGAAUAAGGAGUUGAAAGCUUGCAACAACCCUGAGGACCUUGAGUGUAAUGAGAAUGUGAAGCACAAGACCAAGGAGUACAUCAAGAAGUAUAUGCAGAGAUUUGGCUCUGUGUACAGGCCCAAGGAGGACACAGAGGUUUACUAGCCUCUGAGGCCAUAGAUGUUACACUUGCUCUGCGCUAAUACAGGAGAAGCACAGAUCUGCCUUUCCAUUCAGUCCUUCAUGUAUGUACUGAUACUCUUGAACCAUGAACUAGUUUCUUACACCUAUUUAUGACUAAGAAUUGCACUGCUGCCCAAGAAGCUUUCCAGGCCCUGUGGAUCGCGGACGAGUCCCCUUCUAGAGGCUUUUGGAAAUUUGAGUGUCGCCAAACGACCUGAAACUCCAGGUGCAGUGGCUGCAGUGUUCUCCAAGGAUGACACUGAGGGGUGCUACAGAGACAAAUGUUUUCACUGACUGUUUGAUUUUAAACUUUUUUUUUUUCCCAUUUGUGACUCUUAAAUACACCCAACAUGAUUGCCUCAUUUCCACUUUUUAAACUCUUCAAACCCUAAAAGGGGAUUUCAAAGGAAUCAACUUUUGGUGUCAUAUUUAUCAAAGUUUUUUUUUUUUUUGUUUUCUUUGUUACUUUUCACUGUUAAAAUGGAUCAAGGACAGAACAGUCCAGUUCCCUUCCUCCCCACCCCACUUUCUUUUUCUUGUGCACGCUUCAACUCCCUGCCACUGAUGACUCUGUAUCUGGUGCUGCUUUUAACUGAGUUGUGGAGGUCCAAGCUUCCACUCCUCAAACCCUGCCUUCUCAACCACAAGUCUUUGGAGCCUCUGUUGUUUUAUGAAUGCUUGAUGUAGGCUGAGGUCAGCGUGGUAUCCUUAUGGAAAUUCCUAUGUUUUCCAUGUUUCCUGCUUCAAGUAAUAUGCCCUCACUAGAAUGAGUUCUGAACUCACAAUACACUUGGGGAUCAGCCAAUAACCAGAAAUGGGAUUAAUGAUCAAUAUGACUUUUACCAAUUGUAUCAUAACAAGAACAGGGUUUGAAUGCUAUGUUUGAUGUGCUGUUUAACUGUGUAUCAGUUUUUUCCCCAUUUCCUAUUCAACCCCUCCCACAACUUGUUCUGCCCUGUUGUCUAUUCUUACAGAAGUAAUGCUGAAAAUGAAGGUUGUAGCGUUGCCGUUUUAACAGUUUCUAAACAUCUUGUGUGUUCUGGUUCUUUUUAUCAUUUAAAUGUCCUAAUGAGACGUUAGAGACACUUAGGUUUGCCUUGCUCCACAAACUGUGGCUAAUUAAUUUCCAAGAUUUUUACGGUUGUCAAGGUAGGUUCAUUAGCAUAGUUUGUUGAAGCCUAUUAAAUUGCAUUAAUAAAGUUCCAACAUAUGUACAUUGCUUUAUAUGUGAAUAUAUUGAAUAAUAGUUUUGGGAAUGUUUAAAUAAGCAGACACUUUGUAAAAGGUCUGUCAUUUCAUGAUUGAACGUGUAAAUAAUGUGUAAAGUUACCUAAGCUGUAUGCAGGAGACUAGGGUCAGGGUGCACAGUGAGCCCACCCAUCCUCACCAGCUCAGCCCUCCUGAUGCAGUUCCCACAUCAGUCAAACUUAUAUGUCAAACCUGGUGACUCACAGCCCUCUGUUUUAUUUCAGUGGUGGGGAAGAUUUUCAUGCUUAUUUGUUGUUUUUUUUUUUGUUAUUAUUUUUCUAUGUACAAAGUAAGUUUCACCCUACUCUACUGUAAGUAUUGUGUAAGCACAUUGUCAUACAGAGUGUAAGACAUUUUAAAAGAUAAUAAACUUUUUUGUAAAAUUA